AUGUCUAUCCAGCCCCCCAUCGACACCCCCAUCGGGACCCCUACGGAACGGCUGACCCACCACCUCAGAUGGACUCGCCCUCCUCCUACCAACAAGAAGGCUCCGUUUCUGGCCCGGUUACAACGACUCAUCACCAAUCUUUCCAAGCGAAGACUGUAUGAAGAAUACGACCGACAGAUCCAGCAGUUCGAGGAACGGCACUACAUCCGACGGGUCGAUCCGAGGAGCAUCAAGUUUUGGCUCAACCACUUCCCGGUGGUGAAGGGUGAUGUGACCCAACAUUCGGGCAAGAGCUCAAUGAAGCUCAGACCCGUCUUUGACGGUGGUCCUCUAGCGGGAUUCAUAUCAGCACAGCUUCCUCCGGGAUGCGAGCAAGGCGUGAUUCAGUCUAUCGGCCUUUUGCGCCACUACCAACAUUUCGUCUGUAUUGACCUCCAGCAAGCCUUUUUAUCGGUAUCUCUACCAUCGAUCGAGGAUCAGUUACACACUGGGUUCUUAUGGAAAGCUCCUAAUACUACACAGCCGACGGCUUACUGCUUCCAGCGAGUCCUCUUCGGUCUUCCUGACUCUCCAUAUGCGCUCGUCGAAGCUUUGAAUAAGGUCAUCCAAAAAUGCAAAAUCCCCGCUCACCACAUCCGUACUCUGAUGGACGAUAUCUCUAUAGCGAGUGACGAUGCUCAACAUCUUGCGGAUUUGGUGACAGAAGUCAGGUCCGGUCUCAAAAACCACAGGUUCACGGAAAACGUUAGGAAACUACUAACGACUCUCCCUGAGUGUAGGCCUCGCGAACCUGAGGGGUUACUGGGCCUUAUUUGGGACCCAAAGACUGACACUCUCUCGGUAAGAACCGAGCUGAAGCACCUGGCGGCAAAUCUCACGACCUUAGCUGACUUACGAGCAUACAGUACUUCACUCUUUGACCCCCUUGGUAUCUGUCUAGAGUAUGUUAUGCGUCUACGUAAGAUCGUUCGUGGUGCACGGUUGGAUACCGACUCUCUCUCCAAGCUCUCUUCUGGAAUCCGAACUGCUCUAGUCAAAUGGGAGGAUGAGCUGAAGACCAGGGAUCACCGGGUACCACGCGUCUUACACCCUGCUGACUGGUCACAUGCAGGGAUUCUCUGCUUGUUCACUGACAGUAGUGACCAGGCUGGUGCAGGCAUAUUGACAACGAGCUACGGUAGGCGGAUGAUGGCACGUGGUUUCCUACAGGACGAAUCCAUCAAGAACCGCACUGCACCUCGCUUCGAGCUCGACACCUUGGCCAUCAGUCUCGGAUGGACAGUCAAGCUCCUCACAGAGGCCAACGACUACCUCCACACCGCCUCCUUGCUGGUCUUCACGGACAAUCUGUGUUCAGUCCUGCGACUCCGUAGGACUAUGACAUUACUGCCUACAUCAGUCUCUCAACUGGUUACGACCCGUAGACUUGUCAAGAUCCGGAAUGCUUUAUUCGAGCUCGAGUCCAUGGGUAUAUCGGUCUACAUUAUGCAUCUCUCAGGAACCGACAACAUUGCCGACGCUGCCUCACGCUGUCGAACAGCUGACGUUGUCGACCAGGACUACGACGCUCUGUUCCAACAAGUCCGCGAUACUUAUGAUGAUAUCCUGCGCUGUGACCGAGAUCUACUCUCCACAGUAACGUCCAUCUAUCGCCUUCCCUCCGACUAUCGUCCUACCACGCCUCCAACGCGAGUGGUGAAGACAGAGAAGACUAAGAAGAGCUCUACGAAAACAGCCGAGACUGACGACGAUGACGGUAUCCCUUGUCCCUUGGAUGAGAUCAACGUCAUUACCGCUACACUCCCUUUUACUGACCCUCCGACCUCUGCAGAAGACCUGAUGAAGCAAUACUAUGCAGCUAAGCUUCUCGUCAAGUCAUGGCAUCUGCUACGUUCGGAAUUCUCAAACGGUGACGCAAUAGGUCGCACUGCAACACCCUUGACCUUGCUUGUUCGGCAUCAACAAGCUCAAGAUCUCGCUGGAUUCGAUAAGCUCCCCUUUCACAGACGUGAUGAGAACGGCGAUAUCGUUAAGGUCUCACGUCAGAGAAUUGAUGGGUCGAGCUAUCAUCAACUAGUUAUUCCGAAGCACUCACUUCUCCUGCAGCGUCUCGCUACCAUCCAGGAACAUGUGAAGCAUCACCAAGGUAUCGGUGGCACUCUUCGACGACUUACUCCGCUGUAUUCAUGGCUGAAGAUGAAGCGCACGGUGGUUUCCGUCUGUCGUACUUGCCGAUCCUGUCUUCACGCCAAGCCUCAACGCACCGUUAGCUCUGCUGCUGGUUCUCUACGAGCCCCUAAACAAGUUUGGGAGUUCAUCGGUCUAGAUCACACAGGCCCCUACGAUGUUCCCUUACAUGGCAAGGACGGAUUGUCUACGCAUUCGGAAUCUUACCGCUUCUGCUUAGUUGCGACUUGUCUGCUCAGCGGUUUCAUUGCCGCAGUAGCUACGCCUUCGUUGAGCGCUCGCCAUACUCUACUGGGUCUCAAGGCCAUCCUUGCGACGACGGGGACCCCUUCUGGCAUCCGCCUUGACAAUUCUAAGUCCUUCACCAAUCCCUUGGUCCGCUCAUUCUGCCUGGCGAGAUCUAUUCGGCUCCAAUAUAUCCCACCUCGCUGUCCUAAUCGAGGAGGUACAUAUGAACGGAGCCAUGGACCAUUCAAUGAGCAACUCCGUAUUCUGCAAGGUCUCCCUCAACCAUGGCCUCUCACGGUUCUACAAGCGGCCCACAUUGCCAACUGUCGGCACCGAUGGGAUGCACCUGGUCCUACAUCGCCUUGGGAAAUGGCUCAUACAUAUCCCCCGAACCAGGCAACGCCAUCUGCUGCCCUUGCUGAAUGUCUUUCAGGCGCAAAUCAGCCGAACGGCCGCCUUGCCGAUUGGAUCUUCAAUCGCUGGGAGACCUCUCGCGAAACCACUCGUCUUCGAGCCGGCGACGACCCUGACCUGGUCGGUCUGGAUGAUGUUGUCUAUCUUCAGCAUCACACGCGUAGACCUACUAAGCUCGGUUCUCCUCUGGAUGGUCCUUUUCGUGUAUUACAACGAGAUGGCAACAUGCUUCGACUCUCUAGAACUACCGGUGGCGGCAAGAUCAUUAUCUCUCAACCUGUGGACAAGGUCGUGCGCACCGUCUCAGCCGCUGAUGCUAUUGACGCCCUCGCCCCGAACUCUCCCGGGGUAGACCGUCACUCUGACCCUGCUACUCCCGUCCACCGCGUCGACCACCGAGUCACUGAGCCUUCUUUGCGAGGACAUCCACUUGGAUCGAAGUAUCGUCACCACGGUCAACCUGCCACGGCCGACGACGUAGGCCGCUAUGUGUACUUUGCUUCUAAGACCGACCUGUACAUGGGCGAGCUACUAGCCAAGGAUUUGAGCGGCUACCGGAUUCGUUUGUCUACGUACUCCCCUCUUCGAGUAAGUUGGUACCUACUGAUACCGUAG